CCAUAUUUCUCUCCUUGUGUUUCCCUCCCGAGUCCAGCCAAGUCUCCCAGCUCUCUCAUCAUUUCACAUACAACAAUACAAAUCGUCACUGCCAAAGGCCCAAAGCCAAACACACACACAAACAACGCAACCCUCUGCAAAAUCACAAAAUCAUAGUUUUCUUGCUCUCAAACUGAAAUUGCUGCGUUGCGUUUUUUCUUAUUUUUUAACAUCUUUUUAUUAUUUCUCUCACGCUAAUUGUGCCCCGAGAUCACCAAGUCCUGCAAGUGCUUUUUCGCGUGAUUCUCAGCUUCUGAACCACUUUUCUCUACAGCAGAUCUUGCUUAGCUAUUCAACUAUAUGAGGUUCGAUUUGAAGCACAGGGAAAGGUGAAAUGUUGUUAUUGAGAGAGAUAUAGAGAAAAUAUCUUACGGGAGCUCCUUAACCUUUUCAUAGUAUAAUCAAUAAUGUUAGGUUAGCAGCUUUGGGUUGUGAGUUAUCAGCUAUCGCUUUCUACUUGCAGUUCAUUUUUCCCUGAAUUUAUAGUCAGAAGCUUGUAAAUAACAUGGGAACCCUUUCACGCAGUGCAGGUGGUAGAAAACCAAACGAGACUAUGAGGCUUAUUGUGACAACUUUUGUAGGAGUAGUUUUUGGAUUCUUGAUAGGUGUAUCCUUUCCAACCUUGUCAUUAACAAAGCUGAACCUCUCAUCCAGCCUUCUUCCAAAUGUUGAUCUGUCGUACAAUGAGGACCAGAAAUCAGACAUCUCCAGGCAAACAAUUCUAAAUGCUUGGUCUUCUACGAGGAGUAAUGAUAGCUCAACUAAAGCUCAGAGUUCAAAUGGUACAGCAAGGAUUUGGGUGCCGUCAAAUCCUAGAGGUGCAGAAAGACUACCACCAGGAAUUCUUGCAGCUGAGUCAGACUUCUACUUGCGCAGAUUAUGGGGCAAGCCCAGUGAGGACUUGACCAUCAAACCAAGGUACCUUGUAACAUUCACUGUGGGUUUGAAUCAGAAAAAGAAUAUUGAUGCAGCAGUGAAAAAGUUUUCAGAGAACUUUACAAUUCUUCUUUUUCAUUACGAUGGCCAAACAACUGAAUGGGAUGAGUUUGAGUGGUCUAAGCGAGCUAUACAUGUUAGUGUCCGUAAGCAGACUAAAUGGUGGUAUGCCAAGCGAUUUUUGCAUCCUGACAUUGUGGCCCCAUAUGACUACAUAUUUAUCUGGGAUGAAGACCUGGGAGUCGAGCAUUUUAAUGCAGAAGAAUACAUAAAACUUGUGAGGAAGCAUGGCUUGGAGAUUUCACAGCCUGGUUUGGAACCCAACAAAGGCUUAACAUGGCAGAUGACAAAGAGGAGAGGCGAUCGUGAAGUGCACAAACAAACAGUGGAAAAACCUGGCUGGUGCACUGACCCACAUCUGCCUCCAUGUGCAGCGUUUGUUGAAAUCAUGGCUCCAGUAUUUUCUAGAAGUGCCUGGCGCUGUGUGUGGCAUAUGAUUCAGAAUGACUUGGUCCAUGGGUGGGGUCUUGACUUUGCCCUGAGAAAAUGUGUAGAGCCUGCGCAUGAGAAGAUAGGAGUUGUAGAUUCUCAGUGGAUUGUUCAUCAAACCGUUCCCUCACUUGGAAGCCAGGGUGAAACGCAAAAUGGAAAAGCACCAUGGCAAGGGGUGAGGGAAAGGUGCAGAAAGGAAUGGACGAUGUUCCAGAUGCGCGUAGCGAAUGCGGAAAAUGCUUAUUUUAAGGCCAUCGGGGUUGAUCCUUCCAAUUCGACAACCCAUUAGGAAGAGCGACGAUGACAGAGCUGCUAUACACUCAAUGAUCUUGACCUCUAUCUCGCUUAGAGUUUUACAUAAAUUUGUAAAAUCCAUUAUAAUCGCCAUAUUCAUUAAUUGACAGUCACAGUUUUAGGCCUCGAGUAAAACACGACGUCAAUUAAAUCCUUUAGAGUUUCAGUGCUUAGUGACCUCUACUUUGAGUGGGGUGCAACAUAUUAUUGUUAGAGAUAUGUGCUUGUUAAUUAAACAUAUACUAUAUACCAAUAAAUUCGAAUUUUAAAGAGCCGAUCGAUUCU